AUGCAGAUAGGAAAGACUGGUCGCAGCAGGAUGAAUUCGAAAGCAUGUGAUCAAUGCUAUAGAUGUAAGGUUAAGUGCACGAUGGAGCUCAGCGGCUGCGGGCGCUGUCGACUGACGGGUGGCGCAUGUACGUACAGCCUGGGCAAAUGGAUGGGCCGGCCAAAGAAGUCGAGCCAGCAAAUCUCGAAAGCCCAAGCAAGAGGGACGAGAGAUGCCGGAAAUGCCUCUCUAGAGCACAAUAGAAACCUUUCGGAUACACAACAAGGGUGGGAGAUGCUCUCAUCCGCUAUGGACGAGUCUGACAUGAGCAUUUUGAAUCAUGAAACAAUAUCACUAUUCUCGAUGGGCGAUAACACCCCGGCCAAAGUCGAAGACUGCUACACCAGCCCCGAUGAAUGCCAGAGUAUCAAUACUUCAGAUAAGAAGACGAGUCCAAGUUCCUUUUCUCCCACUUGGACUAAAGCCAGAGAGACGCCAACAAGUGGCAUGGAGACCAGUAGCACCCCAUCGCCACAGGAGUGCCAACAAGGCAAUUAUCAUAAGCAUCGAGCCAGCGCAUACUCAUAUCUGCCAACUCCACAGAGCCCCGGUUGUCCUCACGACUUCAACUUUGGAAUAACGGGCACGGAUUUUACAGCUUCGCCAUCAGCUUCCUUGGGAGGCAACAUCGAAACAAAUUCUGCUAGACAUACCGAAGACAUGGACUACGGACAAACACGUGCAGUAAUGCAAGAGAGACCUACUUCUCCUAACGAGCAAGCGUGCAACUGCAAAUGCUCUCAAGUCGCGCUAGCCUGCCUAGACAAAAUCUCCGUCGUGCCUUCUGAAGCCCGUUACAUGGACCGUCUCCACAUCAUCCAGUCCGCUCUCAUGACCGCAGAGCGGCUAGUUCUCUGCACAGACUGCCCACCAAACAUGACCAUUGCAAGAUGUUGCUUCAUCUUGGGAAACACGCAUGAGCUGGUGAGUGAUGUGAGUGCCCACGCAGGAGACGCAUCCAGCCCUCCCACCACCAUGCUCUCCCGCCAAUCGAUAGAAUACAUGAGGCGCAUCAAGCGCCGCGCUAGCAUGCUUCUUGCGGGGUUGAAAGCGUUGCAAGAAUUUGGGUCCGGGGAUCGGCGUCUUUCAAAUAUGCAGUCUGAGUUUCUAUCAGUGCUUGCAAGUUCUUGGCUUGUGCUACUACCAGAUUAUCGAGAUUGA